AUGUGGGCCCCCGUGACCUGCCGUCAGCUCACGCAGAGCGCGCUCCUAGGAGAGCGGGCGAGGCACCACGUCAUGCGUGUGCUGUGUGGUUUUCUGAGGACCGUUGCGCCUCGCCUGGCGUCCUUCGUGGUCCUCCGCCGGGGCCUGGUGGGCGCUGCCUCCGGUGGAGGGUUGGCAGGAGCGUCUAGGCAGGUGUCCCACCCCCCAGGUGGAGGCGGCCUGCUGGCCCUGGGGCCCCUGGCCACGGAGAGGAUGGCGCAGGCCAAUGGAAGUGGCCAGGCCUGGCUCAGCUUCCGGGAGAGGGGUCUCCUCUCCAUACGCGGGACUUCCAAGCUGCUGGUGGGCCCCAGGAGAAAACCACCCACUCAGGCCACCCUCCUCGCGGCCAGCCUGCACUUGGAGAGACCUACCUGGCAGGCAGCGCUUGAUCAAAGACCCCUCACCAAAGCCACAACACCUAAGACUCCUGAAGAAGGGGGUUUCACCAGGCCGAGCUUGGCCCAAGCUGAGCUGAGGAGAGCACCCCCUUGGGCUCAUCCGCAUGCCAGCCAGCUGGGCAUCGGUGAGCACCUGCGGAUCUGCCCCCAGGGCUACACCUGCUGCACCAGCCACAUGGAGGAGAACCUGGCCAACCGCAGCCGGGCUGAACUGGAGACAGCCCUCCUGGACAGCGGCCGCGCCCUGCAGGCCACACUCACCACCCAGCUGCAGAACUUCGAUGGUGAGCAGGCCACUGGGCACGCCCAAUGUCCCGCGACUGAGCUCCUGAGCUCCGGUGGGGGCAGCCGGGCGGUCCCAUCCUCAGCCAGCCUGGGUCCCAUGCAGGACCAGAAGGGAGAAGGUGUGGAGCUAGAUGCCGAGUCGACUGUGCCCCUGGGCCCGGAGUGCUCGAGGGCCGUCAUGAAGCUGGUCUACUGCGCGCACUGCCUGGGGGUCCCCGGCGCCCGGCCCUGCCCUGAUUACUGCCGCAAUGUGCUCAAAGGCUGCCUGGCCAACCAGGCCGACCUCGACGCCGAGUGGAGGAACCUUCUGGACUCCAUGGUGCUCAUCACCGACAAGUUCUGGGGCCCAUCGGGUGCGGAAAGUGUCAUCGGCAGUGUGCAUUUGUGGCUCGCAGAAGCCAUCAACGCCCUCCAGGACAACAGGGAUACGCUCACAGCCAAGGUCAUCCAGGGCUGCGGGAACCCCAAGGUGAACCCCCAGAGCUCUGGGCCUGAGCAGAAGCAGCGCCGGGGCAAGCUGGUGCUACAGGAGAGGCCCCCCACGGGCUCACUGGAGAAGCUGGUCUCCGAGGCCAAGGCACAGCUCCGAGAUGCCCAGGACUUCUGGAUCAGCCUCCCGGGGAUGCUGUGCAGCGAGAAGAUGGCCAUGAGCACCGCCAGUGACGACCGCUGCUGGAACGGCAUGGCCAAGGGCCGGUACCUCCCGGAAGUGAUGGGUGAUGGCCUGGCCAAUCAGAUCAACAACCCUGAGGUGGAGGUGGACAUCACCAAGCCCGACAUGACGGUCCGCCAACAGAUCAUGCAGUUGAAGGUCAUGACCAACCGGCUUCGCAGCGCCUACAAUGGCAACGACGUGGACUUCCAGGACGCCAGUGACGACAGCAGUGGCUCGGGCAGCGGGGAUAGCUGCCCCGACGACCUCUGUGGCCGGAGAGUCAGCAAGAAAAGCUCCAGCCCACGGACGACCCUGACCCACGCCCUCCCGGGCCUGUCAGAGCGGGAGGGCCAGAAGACCUCCGCCUCCGGCUGCCCCCGGCCCUGCGUGUCCCUAAUGCUGCUCCUCUCCCUGGUCCUCUCGGCCGCCAGGCCCACGUGGCGGUAA